UUUUUUCAUCUCAUGUUUUUUCUACAGUAGCGUAGUGGUCGAUUUUUGCAGCCUCUAUUUUCCUGUGCGGUGGACAGCCGAGUUUCUCACCGAAUUGGGCAGUGUGCAUUGUAGGAAAUAUUGUGCGGUUUGGUGCAGGUUCAAGUCGGCAGGCUUACACGUGCUGUGGUGUGGUUAGCAGCGUGCAAUUGUAGCGAAAACCGAUCGGUGGUUGAGAAAUUUCCAGCAACUCUCGAAAACUCAUCGACACCUCCCCGUCAUUGCGUCGAUAUCGUGUGCGCGCUGUGCAGUAGACUCCCUUCCCGUGCGAGCAGUUAAAUUACUAGUCCAGCAAAAGGCCAUCGUGUAACGCACCGUCAUCAUGGAUGAGGAAUACGACGCGAUCGUGCUUGGAACCGGCCUGAAGGAGUGCAUCCUCAGCGGAAUGCUGUCGGUUUCGGGCAAGAAAGUGUUGCACAUCGACCGCAAUAAGUAUUACGGUGGCGAAUCGGCCUCGAUUACGCCCCUCGAGGAUCUGUUCUCGCGGUUCGCCGUGGAUCUGCCGGAAGGAAAGUAUGGCCGCGGUCGGGACUGGAACGUCGACCUGAUUCCGAAAUUCCUGAUGGCCAACGGGCUGCUGGUGAAGCUCCUGAUACACACGGGUGUGACCCGUUACUUGGAGUUCAAGUCGGUGGAGGGAAGCUACGUCUACAAAGGUGGCAAAAUCUCCAAAGUUCCGGUCGACCAAAAGGAGGCGCUGGCAUCCGAUCUGAUGGGGCUGUUUGAAAAACGCCGCUUCCGCAACUUCCUGAUCUACGUGCAGGACUUUGUCGCUGACGAUCCGAAAACGUGGAAGGACUUUGAUCCAUCCACCAAGGACAUGCAAGCCUUGUACGAAAAGUUCGGACUGGAGAAGAGCACCCAAGAUUUCACCGGUCACGCCCUGGCCCUGUAUCGCGACGAUUCGUAUCUGACCGAGCCGGCUAUCAAAACGAUCAAUCGCAUCAAGCUGUAUUCGGACUCGCUGGCUCGUUACGGCAAGUCGCCGUAUCUGUAUCCGAUGUACGGUUUGGGUGAGCUGCCCCAGGGCUUUGCCCGGCUGUCGGCCAUAUACGGCGGUACGUACAUGCUGGACAAGCCGAUCGACGAGAUCGUGUACGACGCUAGCGGCAAGGUGGUCGGCGUACGUUCUGGUGAAGAGGUGGCCAAAUGCAAACAGGUCUACUGCGAUCCCACCUAUGUACCGAACAAGGUACGCAUCACGGGAAAGGUUAUUCGCUGCAUUUGUUUGCUGGAUCACCCGAUCCCGAACACGAAGGAUGCCCUUUCGACUCAGAUCAUCAUUCCACAGAUGCAGGUCGACCGCAAAUCGGAUAUUUACGUAUCACUCAUCAGCUCGACACAUCAGGUUUCGGCCAAGGGUUGGUUCAUUGCCAUGGUGUCCACCACGGUGGAAACCGGCAAUCCCGAGGCGGAGAUUAAGCCCGGUCUCGAUCUGCUCGGCCCGAUCGCACAAAAGUUCUUGUCCAUCACGGACUACUACGAACCGACCGAUGACGGUCUGCAGUCACAGGUGUUCAUCUCGCAGUCGUACGAUGCAACUACGCACUUCGAGACGACCUGUCUGGACGUGCUGGACAUUUUCAAGCGCGGCACCGGGGAGGACUUUGACUUUUCCAAAAUCAAGCAGGAACUUGGUGACGAGGAGCAGUAAACAGGUUGCAGCCA